AUGCGUGAAGUCCAUGAGUCCGAGAACGACGGCAUGAUGACCGAGGCCCUGGUGGCCGGUGCCAAGGGCGGUGCCCUGUGGCUCGGUGCCACCAUCGGUGGUCUGAUGCUCGGUGACAAGUACUCGCCGCUCAUCCGCAACCGGCUGAACUACGCCGGCCGCGCGUUCGUCCUCUCCUCGAUGGCCAUCUCCGGGUGCUACAUCUGGGCCGAGGAUGCCGUCCUCCGGUACGGUCGCCAGCGCGACAUGGAGCGCGUCCUGGCCUCGCGCUACUCGCAGGCCGGCCAGGCGGUCCCCGAGUAUGAGGCCCUCAAGCAGGAGGCCACCGCCGAGAUCCAGGCCCAGGACACCGCCUUCCGCCGUCACCGCGAGGGCAUCACCCUCGAUGAGCAGGGCAACGAGGUGCACCUGACCCCCCUGCAGUGGGCCGUCAAGCACCGCAUGGCCAUCGGCCUCGGUACCUGGGGCGCCAUCAUGGCCGGGUCCCUGCUCAAGUCCUUCAGCCAGAAGGGGCCGCUCUCCUUCAAGCUCAUUCACAGCCGUAUCUACGCCCAGGUGGGUGUCAUCGGGUUGGUGGUCGUCAUGUCCCUGGCCGCGGCCAUCCCGGACGCCCAGCCGCCCCAGCGCCCGCGCCCCUCCUACCUGGAGUAA